AGCAGAGCUGUAGACGUGUCUGCGGAACCGUCCAGCAAACCUUAAACCCACUUCAUCAGAUCUGUUUCCAGUCUCAGCAGAGUCUCUACAAACAGCGAUAUGGCUGCUGCCGGUUGUGUCCGAUCUGAAGAUCAAUUCCGGUGUUCCAUCUGUCUGGAUGUCUUCACUGAUCCAGUUGCAAUAUCAUGUGGACACAACUUCUGCAAAUCCUGCAUCACUGAGCACUGGAGGGUUAAUGUCCCAUAUCAGUGUCCCAUGUGCAAAGAGGAAUUCAAUACAAAACCUCUGCUGAAGAUCAACACGUUCAUCUCAGAGAUGGUGGCUCAGUUCAGACUUGAAGUUCACCAUGAACCAAACAUCUACAGCUCAGACCAACAAGCUGCCAAACCAGGAGAAGUUCCCUGUGACGUCUGCACUGAAACCAAACUGAAGGCCCUGAAGUCCUGCCUGGUGUGUCUGACCUCCUACUGUCAGACUCAUCUGGAACCUCAUCUGACACUUUCAGGACUGAAAAGACAUCAGCUGAUUGACCCUGUGGAGAACCUGGAAGACAGGAUGUGUAGGAAACAUGAGAAACCUCUGGAGCUGUUCUGUAGAAGCGACCACACAUGUAUCUGUCUGUUCUGUCCUGUUUUAGACCACAAGAACCAUGAAUUUGUUCCUCUGAAAGAUGAAUAUGAAGAACAGAAGGCUGAGUUGAAGAAGACAGAGGCUGAUAUUCCGCAGAUGAUCCAGGAGAGACGACUGAAGAUCCAGGAGAUCCAACGGUCAGUGGAGCUCAGUAAGAACGCUGCAGACACAGAGACAGCAGAAGGUGUUGAGGUCUACACUGCUCUGAUGGAAUCUGUUCAGAGAAGUCUGGACCAGUUCAAAGAGAAGAUCCAAGAAAGGCAGAGGACCACCGAGAAACAGGCUGAAGACUUCAUCAAAGAGCUGGAACAGGAAAUCUGUGAGCUGGAGAAGAGAAGCACUGAGGUGGAGCAGCUCUCAGGCUGUGAAGACCACCUCCACUUUGUCCAGAGGUUCACAUGUGUAAAAGCUGCUCCAUCCAUGAAGAUCUGGACAAAGGUCAGCGUCCGUCCACCAUCAUAUGAGGGAACUGUGGAGAGAGCUGUGUCUGAGCUGGAGGACAAACUCAGAAAAGACAUGAAGAAAGUGGUUAAAGCUGAGCUGAAGAGAGUCCAACAGUAUGAGGUGGAUGUGAGUCUGGAUCCAGAUACAGCACAUCCUGGUCUCAUCCUGUCUGAUGAUGGAAAACAGGUUCAUGAUGGUGAUGAAUGGAAGAACCUUCCAGACAAACCACAGAGAUUCACUGUUCAUUGCAAUGUUUUGGGAAAGCAGAGUUUCUCUUCAGGCAGGUUUUAUUUCGAGGUUCAGGUCAAAGGAAAGACUAAAUGGACAGUAGGAGUGGUCAGAGAGUCCAUCAACAGGAAAGAAGUGAUCCCACUGAGACCUCAGAACGGAUACUGGACCAUCUGUUUGAGAAAUGGAAAUGAAUACAAUGCUGCUGCUGAUCCUCCUGUCCUUCUGUCUGUGAAGUCUGGUCUUCAGAAGGUGGGGGUGUUUGUGGAUUACGAGGAGGGUCUGGUCUCCUUUUAUGAUGUAGGUUCUUCAGUUCUCAUCUACUCCUUCAUUGGCUGCUGCUUCAAUGAUAAACUCCUCCCAUUCUUCAGUCCAUGUCUAAAUGAUGGAGGUCCAAACUCUGCUCCUCUGAUCAUCACUCCUGUCGACACUGAGUAAGAAAUUCAUCAAAUGGACAGAUUCUGGUACCCGGUACGACUAUUUUGGUAUCACCUCCGCCGAGGUUCCAGGACUGGAGACCAGAUACUAAACCGUGACGUGUAAACACUGCAGACCACUGAUU